CAAACGGCAAGACUGUUGAUGCAACACAAGAACUUUUGGCCCUCGGUCUCUGCAACAUAGGUAACUCCUUCGUCCAAGGAUAUCCUGGUACGGGAGCCUUAGCAAGAAGUGCUGUGAACAAUUCAAGUGGGGUCCGUACGCCCUUGGGUGGAUUUUAUACCGGUGUUUUAGUUAUCGCAGCCCUUCUUAUAUUCACUCCGUAUUUUUAUUACAUUCCCAAUGCUGUCUUGGGAGCUGUCAUCAUUGCUGCCGUUGUAUUUAUGGUUGAAAUCAAAGUGAUAAAGCCAAUGUGGAGAUCGAAGAAGAGCUGCUUUAUUGUAUUUUGCGCAACUUUCAUUGCAUGUCUUGUGCUGCACUUGGAAGUUGGAAUCUUAGUAGGAAUUGGAAUUAAUCUACUGUCGAUACUAUACCAUGCUGCCAGGCCAAAACUUAGCGUUGAAAAGUUGAACACUGCUGAUGGUGUUGAGUACUUGAUGCUCACACCAGAUAGAUGUUUAAUCUUCCCCUCAGUCGCAUAUAUCAGAAAUUUAGUAACAAAAUACAGUUUUCGCCAAAGUAUACCAGUAGUGAUGGACUGCUCACACAUAUACGGGGCGGACUACACCGCUGCCACCGUUAUUGAAAUGCUGACACAAGAUUUCCUCUCCAGAAACCAACCUCUGUUGUUUUACAACCUCAAACCAUCAGUAUGUGCCGUUUUCGAAGGCCUAUCACCAAAAGGCUUUACUGUGUUUUAUGCAUGGAGUGAUCUAGAUGAUUUAUUGAAAAAACAUUCAUACGUUACCAAGGAAGUUGUAUGAAAUAAUGUUCAUUUUAAAAGUAGUGGUAACUGAAUACUAGCAAGUCUAUUCUCAUUGUAUAUUUCGAUAAUGUAUUUAUUUCUUCAGUCAAAACGGCAGUUCAACAAUAUAGUUUUAUAGUGAAUUAGGUGAUUUAGUUCAAAUGUUUUGUGUUACAAAAACUCGAUUCCGUCAUGUUCCUUGUGAUGUAUUUGUAGUGUAAUAUAAAGAUAAUAGUUUUAGUA